UCACUACGAAGUUAUAAAAGUUUGUUUCCAAUUCUUCUAUAGUGUACUUAACUGUGUCUUUCCUCUAGUGGAAUGUUGGUCUAUAUGUUUACGGUUUAUCUCAUUUUUUAUUUUAAUAAAGACUGCUGCUACGGCUACGGUAAAUAUGAAGGUGGUGUGUCAACUUUUGGAACUAUCUUCCAUCUUGCGUUUCCCGAAUCACAUCCCAGAGUAAACUGCUCCUUAUAUACUAAGGAAUUUGUAUUAUUUUAUGUCAAUUUAAAAGUGGCAUGGUAUAUCCAAAGUGUGGAGCCUUCCAAAUAUCCAGUGAUAAUGACUCGACCGUCCUACAUUAUCUUUGAUCUACCUUGGUCUGCAAAGGAGUUUAUAGAGAACAGAUUCUCGUAUAUUCUGGAUGCAGAAAAGGAAUUCCAAGUCUUGUGUUACUCCGUCGAUAGCCGAAACAUUCCAAACUCUAUCAUGAGAGCUGUUCCGGUGCAUGGCUUUGGCAAAGUCUACGUUGUCCCCACAAUACCGUUUCAGCCCUCUGUUCAGAUUAUAAGUGGAAGAAAUGAGCUAGUGAUAAGGCUUGAAAUAACGUAUACAACAGCCAGCGGUCAACAAGGGAAAACUUUUUUCAUUCGAAGAGAUUUAAAGUCAAAUAUAAUCUCAAUAGCCUAUCGGAGGACAAUAAAUAUUGAUUUCUGUAAAUGGGAAAGUCUACACACAACGGUCACAGGGGGUGUAAUAACAGGAUCCGGAUAUUUUGGAGUCGUUGUUGGAGCAUGUGUCAACCCUCAGCGUUUAAAUAAGACGGACAAGUGUUCACCAGACACUGGUCUUGACAUGCUGUUGCCCGUGACAUCAUACUUCAAGUCUUUUAUUGUUGCCUUGCCUAGAUCUAUCCCAGCAAACAUCAUUCUUGCUUUUACGGCCGUCACUGAGAUCACUGUUGAUUCUCAGCGUAUAGAAGAAUCCAAAAGUACGGAAUUUUCUCGAGAUCUUGGUGAAUACAAGGGAAUACACGUAAUCACUGUGUCACGAGGGACCUACGUCUUUGUAGUACUUAACUCUCCGUGUCCGUCUGACCCAACCAGAAAAUGGAAAGUGAUGUUUAACUCAAUAGUGCCCAGUUCACUUUUUAUAGAUACCUAUCUUUGGCUGACACCCGACUCCAAAAGUCUCCAACAGAGUGUCCUGGUAGUCUUUAAAAGACAAAAUCAGUAUAAUAUACUAUUGGAUGGAGUCAACAUUCGCAGAACGCUGGGCCCUGACAAGUACGAAGCAACGGUCAGACAACGCUCCUACUUUGCGUUUGUCGACAUCGACUGCACGCCUGGGUACCAUCAACUCUACAGCAUCAACGCCAAUAAGUUUGGGGCUUACUUGUAUGGCACUGUAGCCCCAAGAGAAUCCAAUGUUUUUAUGACCCCACUGAGUUUCGCUGCUAAUCCAGGUGUAAUAUGGUCGAGCCGUAUGCCCUUUGAUGAUAUCGAGGAAGUACCAUGCGAUGUGGCUAAGUUAGAACAAAUAUUUAAUGCCAGCAUUGGAGAUUUAUUAGAUAAUGAUUGUGACUCUCUGGUGGACGAAGAGAUGGCUGAUGGAAAAGAUAAUGACUACGAUGCACUGAUUGAUGAAGACUGCACGCUACCCCACACACGUAACGGUGAGUGGUCUGACUGGGAGCCCUGGCAAUGUGAAAAAGCCAAUGAUCAGACGAAACACAGGACUAGACUGUGCAACAAUCCGCCACCGACAAAUGGCGGCUUUUAUUGUUUUGGGGAAUCUAGCCAGGAAGGUCCAGGCAAUUGCAACCAUAUCAUCAACGGCAUAGUUGAUGGUGAGAUGUACAAUGUUGAGGUUGAUUGCUUUUGCGAUGAAUCAUUGACUCCACUUUGGAUGGCCAAAUUGAAAAGGGAAUGCAAGCCUCCGAAAGGUGUUGAAGGUGAACCCUGCAGAGGAGAGAAAGAAGUAGUGGCCCCCGAAAACUCCUGUCCAAUGAGAUGUCUUAGAAAGGAAAUCUGUCAGUUUGAAAGAAAUUCCAAUAUAGCCACUCUGCUGGAUUCGUCAUACACUCAAAAUUACGUUUCAGAAGGUUUUGAAGGUUGUUCGAAGACGUGCCAGUCUCAGAAAGAUUGUCGAGGUUUUACUGUUUGGGUGAGGGAAUCUACACCUCCGAAGUGUUGGUUGUUUCGGUCAUUAUGGUUUGGGAAAGAGAAAGAGUUUUUUAAUUCAUACCUACAGAAAUGUAAAAUGGUAUGUGGAAAGGGCUACUACUCCACUGAAGCUAAUUUGAGAGAAUAUGCUACUUGUGUCAAAUGCCCUGUUGGAACAUACAAAACAAUUACAUCCACAGGCACGUGCCUUCAAUGUCCAUUGAAUUGGACAACACCAUACCCUGGAAGCGACAGCAUUCUUGAUUGUUCUAUGGUCUUCUGUGCACCUGGGCUCUAUAUGAACGUCAGUUCAGUUUGCGAGCCGUGUAAAGUGGGCACCUAUAAAACUGUCAGUGGAAAUCAGGCCUGCCUGCCAUGUCCAGCAAAUAGAAUCACGCCGGCUGAGGGCAGCACUGACAUUAAGAGCUGCAACAUGCAAAUCUGCGAGCCUGGAUUCUUCACUAAAGAUAAUGUCUCUUGCAUUGAGUGUCCAAGGGGAAGCUUCAAAAAAGAGCGUGGGGCUCAGCCUUGUGUUCCGUGUCCAUCUAAUAAAACUUCUGAAGCUGGAAGUGUUGAAUGCCUAAUCGAUGCGCCUUCAAAUAGGACGAACACUACUACGGUCACCACCACCGCAACAACAGCGUCGACUACAAGUACAAUGACACCAUUUACUACCCCCACUGUUGAUCCCACGAUGACCCUAGUCUUUACUUCUUUUAUACCAAUGACACUGAAAAAGAAAUAUCCUGGUAAAUGGGGAAGCUGGUCUGAAUGGAAUUGUUUGCAGAACUGCACUGUCAAGUCAGUUGUAAGAACCAGACCAUGUCUAGAUCCACCUGAAGGUCCAAAAGACUUUGACUGUCCAGGGUUUGCUUAUCAGCUAGGCAUCAACACACCCUGCAAUUGGAUAUGCGCUACAACUUGUCCUCACGGUCACUGGGGAUUCAACUGCAGCAAGACUUGCGGAAACUGCCUCGCGGAUUGCCAGAAGGAGACCGGCGAGUGUACCAAGUGUAAACCAGGUUUCCGAAAUCCCAAAUCUUCUUGCUCGGAUGUCUGUGGAGAGAUGACCUUCGGUCAUGACUGUUCCGGCGAUUGCCGUUCCAAAUGUGAAGGCCGAGACUGUUCAGACAGAAUAGAAGGCACUUGCCCACCGAAGUCUUUUUGGAAGAGUGGUUGGUGGUAUGUACUCUUGCUUCUUCUAAUCAUUCCAUUCAUCAUUUGUAUAGCCAAGAUAAGCGGUCGAAUGGCAAGAAAGCAGUAUGAGAUUGCAGAGGCCAACGAGCACAUGUAUCUGAUGGAGUCCGACGAAGUUGUAAAGAGCGAAAUUUCUAAAUCGAAGAGCGAAAUUUCUAAAUCGAAGAGUGAAAUUUCUAAAGCGAAGAGCGAAGCUUCUAGAGUGAAAAGCAACAUGUCUGAGCUGAGAGCCAGGAGCGAGACAUCUGUCUAAUUAUGAUGAAAGUCUCCACAAAGCUUAUGGUUAUUAUGUGCACUUCGCAGCAGUGCGUGUGAAAGGAGCCGAUUGACUGAUGUGACAAUGAUGUGCUGUACCCAAUAAGACAGAUAUUCUACCUAAAACAUACCGCAUAGAAAUGACCCCUGCAUUGUGAGUGCUUUAUUUAUUUUUGAGUGCAGUGUUUUUAAUACAUACUGUGUAUGAGUUUCUAGCAUUGUGGAUAUCACUACCUAUAUUUAAUAUAUUGUUCAGAGCUAUGAUGAGAGAAUUUUAAAUUAUAUUAUAUGCUUCGAUUAUGUCAUAUUGACAUGGAGGAUAUUUCUCCCUGUGUUUUGUAAGAUUGGCAUUGAGUCUAUUUCUUCCUGUGUUUAGUCAUAUUGACAUUGAGGCUAUAUCUUCCUGUGUUUUGUCAGAUUGACAUUGAGACUAUUUCUUCCUGUGUUUAGUCAGAUUGACCGAAAGGCUAUUUCUUCUUGUGUUUUGUUAGAUUGACCGUGAGACUGUUUCUUUCUGUGUUUUGUCAGAUUGACCGUGAGACUGUUUCUUCCUGUUUUUUUUUUUUUUUUUUUUGUCAGUUUCACAUUAACUAUGUAUCUGACUGCGUUAUGUAAGAAUGUACCUGUUGUGAAGUUAGUAACUACAUUUAGUUACAGUUGUAUAUUGAGGCAGCUACUGACCACACAUCGUAAAGCUCCGAAAUAGUGUACUAUUGUAAUUGUUUGAAUUGUUAGCAAGUUUAAAAUGAAGGUCAAGGUUACAUGUAUUUCACAAAGAGGCCUUUUUUUCUUGCUUCAAAAUUUUGAAUUUCGACGUGAUGAUAACUUUCCUCUCUUUAUUUCGUUUCUUAUUUUGUAUACUGUUCAUUCAAGUAACACUUUUUAAUUUUUAUGUGACUUCUCUUUUAACAUAAAUGUAAUAUAAUAUCAUAUCAUAAGGUGACGAUUUCCGGUAUAAAUUUAAGGGGAGGGGGGAUAACUGAGCCGAACUUUUUUUUUGGGGGGGGGGGGGGUUUAAUAUGAGUUGUUAAAUUUUGAAUAUUUGUUACCGCUAAGCUUGUGUAUUCGUGGGUGUUUGAAGUUACACUUAUCAAGACCAUUUGUAUUAUUUUGACAUUAUCAAUAUAACGCUGAUAGGCCCAUAGUUAGAGUUCUAACCAUACUGUUUAACUAAUAUAGCUCUGUCAUCACAGACAGACUUUUAUAGGGCUUCAAAUGAUUAAACAUUCAUCAUUUUCUUUCUUUCUUUAAGAAGUAGUAGGCGUUCUAUGCAGAAUGCAGCUCAGCAGUAUUUCAUUUUUGUUAUCUGUUGUAAGCCUGAAGUGUUAAUGACAGAUAUAUUGUACGUCUGAAGUAUUAAAGACAUAUCUCUAGUAUCUGUUCUAUGUAUAGAGUGUAGACGUCUGUUGUAAGCUUGAAGUGUUCAUGACAGAUCUGUCGUAACGUGUGCAGACUUUUAGAAAUGCAUUUUUUUAUUUUAAAGGCUUUACCCCGACAUAAAAAUUGAUUUACACUCUGCUAGUUCUAAUAUUUCUUUAAGUAACUAUGGAAGGGCUGCUGUGGAUUGUGCUAUUCGGGCCAAUAGUUCGGGUUUUGUUCCGUCAUCUGAAACAAUAGCUCCGAGGUAUUUGAAGCUGUUAACACUAGUCAGCUUCUCAUCUCCACUACUGAUGCCUCUUUUAAAGCCAUGUUGGUUAUUGGUCAUAAUUUAUUUUUUUUUCUGCAUUUAUUUGCAUACCAUAUGCUGCGGAAGUCUUGUCAAUGUGCAUCACCAGGUCAGCUAGUUCUUCUUCUGUCCCUUCUAGGCCAUCAAUGUCAUCUGCGAAGCGCAAGUUAGUAAUUCUUCUUCCUCCAAUGCUAACAGUACCUUCAUAGCCCUCGAGGGCAUCUUCCAUUAUCCUUUCAAGGAAGAUAUUGAAGAGUGUAGGUGAAAGUAGGCAGCCUUGUCUGACUCCAACUGUGGUUUUGAACCAGUCCCCAGUGGCACCACUGGGCGAAAGGCCUUCUAGACUAAGGUCACCGGCCAGGACGGAAGAGUCCCAGGAUGGACUACAACGGUCACGUGGCCUAGAUACCACGUGCUGCAAUAAGUAGAUUAGGUAA